GGGCGGUUGGCCCUCACUUUCCGAGGAGCCCGAGGAGGAGCGGCACACCCUGAUUCUUCCCAGCCUGGUCCCGGUCUUCGGAGAGCGAUGCCGCUUCCCGACACCAUGUUCUGCGCGCAGCAGAUCCACAUCCCCCCGGAGCUGCCGGACAUCCUGAAGCAGUUCACGAAGGCCGCGAUCCGCACCCAGCCCGCCGACGUGCUGCAGUGGUCCGCGGGGUAUUUUUCAGCUUUGUCCAGAGGAGAUCCGCUUCCCGUCAAGGACAGAAUCGAGAUGCCUGUGGCCACUCAGAAAACAGACACAGGCCUGACUCAAGGACUCCUGAAAGUUUUGCACAAGCAGUGCAGCCACAAGCAGUAUGUGGAACUAGCGGAUCUCGAGGAGAAAUGGAAGAAUUUGUGCCUGCCGGUAGAGAACUUCAGAGCGCUGUUGCAGCUGGAUCCUUGCGAAGACAAAAUCGAGUGGAUAAAAUUUUUAGCGCUUGGAUGCAGCAUGCUUGGCGGGUCGUUGAACAGCUCGAUGAAGCACCUGUGUGAGAUCCUCACCGCCGACCCCGAGGGCGGGCCGGCGCGCAUCCCUUUUGAGACGUUCUCCUACGUCUACCGUUAUUUGUCCAAGUUGGACUCGGACAUCCUCCAAGGGGACACGGAAACCUAUCUCGCCACUUUAAAGGACACUCUAGAAUCUAGAAAGAAUGGCAUGAUAGGACUUACAGAUUUCUUCAUUCUGAAGAAAGUUUAGAAAGCCUCGAGAAGAACCCUUAGAAGACAGAGGCCAUUAUUACAGAGAAGAACACUUUUUAAUGUCAAAUAGUGCUUUUUAAAAGCUCGGCACCAAAUACAGCUUAUCUUACAGCA